GUUUCAUUCUGCUGCGCGCUCGGAGCGGACGCGCUACUGUCCGCCACUGCAUCUCACAGAUCCUCAUUUCAUAAUUCAUCUGUAUUUAUAUCUCUCAUUCUGCCCUGUGUGUCCCCCCAACGCCAAUUUGCACGGUUAACGUGCAGUAAAAUCAGGAUCUAUGGCGCUUAAUGAAUAUAUAUUGACUGCUCUGUGCGCUCUUUGGGCAGGGAUCUUCGCUCAGGAUGUCUCCAGAUCCUCCUUCAGAGAGUGUCCUGUGGACUUGUUCUUUGUGUUGGACACGUCUGAAAGUGUGGCCCUCAGAGCCAAACCUCCAGAGUUUUACAUCAACCAGAUCAAGACCUUCACAAAGCUGUUCAUCGAUGAGCUGAAAGACCUACGCCAGCCUUGUGAUCGCGAUGUGACGUGGAACUCAGGAGCGCUGCACUACAGUGACGACACGGAGCUGGUCAUGGGAUUAGUCGACCUCAACACAAAACGCACUGACCUGAAAGCCGCCAUCGACAGAAUCAAAUACAUAGGCAAGGGAACAUACACUGACUGCGCCAUCAAGGAGGGCAUCGCUGAGCUGCUCAGAGCGGGUUCACAUUAUCAUGAGAAUAAAUACAUUGUGGUGGUGACGGAUGGUCAUCCUAUAACCGGAUAUAAGGAGCCAUGCGGUGGCAUUCAGGAGGCCGCCAAUGAGGCUCGACAACAUGCCAUUAAAGUGUUUGCUGUGGCCAUCUCACCUGACCAGGAGGACACCAGACUGUCUGUCAUUGCCACAGAUAUAAACUACAGACAGAACUUCACCGCUGCAGACAACUCCCGCUCCACACAAAUGAGCACUAUACGCUCCAUCAUCCACAUGAUUACAAACGAAACAAAGGAUGUGUGCUGCUCGUUUGACUGCAACGCUCCUGGAGGCCCUCAAGGACCCCCUGGAGAUCCAGGUCAAAGGGGAGAGAUUGGGAGACCAGGCAUGCCAGGAGAAAAAGGAGAUUUUGGGGCUCAGGGAAAUCCUGGUGAUCCCGGUCCAGUCGGUUACCAAGGAAUGAAGGGAGACCAGGGAAUAAGAGGUGAUAAGGGGGAGAGAGGUCAUAAAGGCUUCAAGGGAGACAAAGGUCAUCAUGGUCUCGAUGGCACUGAUGGACGUAAGGGCGAGCCGGGAUUCCCUGGACUUCCAGGCUGUAAAGGGUCACCGGGGCCAGAUGGUUUGCAAGGAGAAUCAGGUCCUAAAGGAGACCCCGGACAAUAUGGAAGCAAAGGAGAACGAGGAGAUCCUGGCAGAGACGGUGAACCAGGAAGACCUGGAAACUACGGACCUUCUGGGGCCAAGGGAGACAGGGGUCCUCGUGGGGCUAACGGCGAUAAAGGCGAGAGAGGAGAUGAUGGACCACCAGGACCAGAUGGCCCAAGAGGAGAAAGAGGCCUAGGUGGUGAGAAGGGUGAACAAGGGUCCCGUGGUAACAGAGGUCCCAGAGGCGAGCCUGGUGAACCCGGGCCAAGGGGUGAGCAAGGACGUGAAGGAUCAUCCGGAGCAAAUGGAGAGCCGGGUGAGCAAGGAAGAGCAGGGCAGCCAGGUUAUCGUGGCGAUGAGGGUCCUGCUGGGCCAGAGGGAGAUAAAGGGCCCAGAGGCAUCAAAGGGGCUCCAGGAGACAGAGGCCUAAUAGGAGAGAGGGGUGAAGAUGGACCUCCAGGAAAUGGGACAGAGGGUUGUGCUGGCUUUCAGGGUUAUCCUGGUCCAAGGGGAGAUGCUGGAGCACCUGGUGGAAAAGGAACCCCUGGACCCAAGGGAGAUGAUGGAGAGCCGGGUGACACUGGAUUAGAUAAUGACAGACUAGGACCACCAGGGCCAAAAGGAGCCAAAGGUCACAGAGGACCUGAGGGAAAAUCUGGACCACCAGGACCACCCGGACCUCAAGGAGCUGAUGAAUGUGAGAUUCUGGAUAUCAUCAUGAAGAUGUGCUCUUGCUGUGAAUGCACAUGCGGACCCUUGGACAUUGCCUUUAUCGUGGACAGCUCUGAGAGUAUUGGAGCUUCUAACUUUGCCAUCUCUAAGGAAUUCAUUGUGACAAUAAUGGACAGACUCAAGUUAAGACAGUUUGGUGCCAACGAGUCUCGUAUUGGUGUGGUGCAGUACAGCGGUGCCAGUGCUCAAGAGGUGGUACAGCUUGGUGACCCCAACAUCAAGACCCUGACCGACCUAAAACAAGCUGUGAAAGACUUGCGCUGGCUGGCUGAAGCCACAUACACUGGAGAAGCUCUUCAGUACUCGCUAAAAAACAUGCUCAGCAAGCUCAUCACGGAGAGGAGUGUGGUCCUUGUUCUUACUGAUGGACGCUCAGACACUAUCAGGGAUAAAGUGCCAUUAAACGUGCUGUGCGGCAAAGGAUUUAAGGUUGGUGGGGUUGGAGUGACGGAUUAUGCUGAGAGGAAACCCAAUCCGGAACAGCUUGAUGAGGUUGUGUGUAAAGAUGAUCCCAGAAAAGGCUUCUCCUUUGUCCUAAACAACUUUGGUUUACUUCUGGAUGACAGCUUCCUGCAAAACCUGACUGAGAAAAUCUGCGAAGACAAGAAGUGUCCCACAUAUACUUGUCCAAUUUCAUUUAUUGACAACACCGAUGUCCUUGUUAUGAUGGACAGCUCGGCCAGUGUUGGCGCCAAGAACUUCGAGAUGACCAAGGACUUCUCACGGAUGCUAGCUAAGCGCUUUUUGUCAGCAGAAAGAGGAAAUUUCCAGGUUCGAAUUGGUGUUGGCCAAUACAGCAACAAUGCCAACUUGGAGGCCGAAUUUUCUACAAACGCCACCCAGGUGGUCGCUCAAAUCGCAGACGCCAAGUUCCAGAAUGCAGGUACGCAGGUAACAAACGCUCUCAACUUCGCCAUCGAGCGCUUCAGAGGCGGUAGGACGAGGAAGAAGAAGCUGCUGGUGUUUUCGGAUGGCCGUUCUCAAGGUGUUAACUCCAUCCAGAUUGAGAAAGCUGUGGAGCAGGUGAGCAACGCGGGCAUUGAGCUGUACGUUCUGGCUGUUGGAAAUCAGGUGAAUGAAGCGCAUCUACGCACCUUAGUGAGCCGAGGCCGGCCUUAUGACAACACCUAUGCCUACCGCCAUCUUUUUAAAGUACCCGACUACCGCUCAUUGGUCACUGGGGUCUUUUACCAAACUGUGUCCCGCAAGAUUUCCCUGGAGACGAGAGGGUGAUUGGGUAAUGGGAGGGGGCGAGGAAUAAAGGGCAUGGGUGGCAUUAUAGCACAAGCUUUAAUUGUUUUAGGGUUUUUAUUUUUGUCUAUGUUUUUCAUGUGAACGAUGUAUCUGAACCUGAAAGGUUUUUCAUAGUCAUUUUAUAAAAGACAGUAAAUGAUUGUGUCAGAAUUCUUUAAAACAUUAGUAUUUUUAUGUCACUUAUGUCUUAAAAGUAAGGGGAUUACUCAAGAGAUGUUUCACAAUUGUUGGAGGGGGUUCUAGGGCUUUGACUAGAUAUAUGGCUGCAUUCGUUUUGCUGUCCAUGAAAUUAUUCAACACUCAAUCAUUCAACACUCAAUCAUAUGUUUACUAUCCAAUGUUGAGGGCACAGAAUUUUUUUUUCCCAGUGGUGAAUAGCUAGAAUCUGUAUAAUUCAGACUUAAGCCCCUUUCAUACAGUGAUACCAGUAAAUAUCCCGAAAAUUUCCGGAACGACUUUACCGGUAUAUUUAAAAAAAAACGCUAUUCACACAGGCAAGGACAUUACGGAUUUUUCCGGAAAAGGCCAUUCACACAUCCAUUCCAAAAUACCGGUAAAUUCUGACAUCAUUAGCCAGAAAUUACUUCUAAAUGGCUGCGCUUGUACUGUAAACAUUUGACUAUUACAAGCUCUGUGGAUGGAUAAGUAUUGUGAACAACUUUGAUGAAAGCAUAUGUCGAGAUGUUCAGAAUAUGUGUGUGCUGGUGCUAACUGGCUGCUUCAUGUGCACACGCAUCAAGCAACUGAAGGAAGCAGAGCUUGAAGGUAAACAAACAACGGCUUAUCAUAAGCAUUUUACCGAUAAUUUUUUACACAGUUGGCAUUAAGAAGGAACAUAGAAACGUUAUCUGACUAACAUCUAGCAACUAAAUGUGUCUGGAAAAAUAUUCAAAAUAUUUUAUUUUCAUAAACAGUGUGCAUGUGAAUGCGUCUGAGUGUUCUGAUUGGUUGGAGUGGACGUCUAAUGUCAGAGAGUUUUAAUUCCUUCAGCGUUCAAGCAUUCUGGCAAAUUACCGGUAAUGUUACUUCUUACUUCUUUUUCCGGAAAAUUGCCGUAACAAAUUUACUGGUAUUUGUAAAAAAGGGCCUGUUCACACAUACAGGCCUUUCCGGAAAAUUGCCGGUAAUUUUCCGGAAAGGUCUGUAUCUGUAAAAGGGGAUUUAGUCUCUUUAAAGUGAUAAUUCACCCCAUAAUAAAAAUGUGCUCACUAUUUGCUUGACCUCUAGUCGAUUUAAACCUUUUUCUUCGGUUGAACACAAUAUAGUAUAUUUUGAAGAAAGCUGAAAACCUGUAGCCAUUGACAUCUAUAAUAAGAAAAACAAAUCGUAUGGAUGUGAAUGAUUACAGGUUUCCAUCAUUCUUUAAAGUAUCUUCUUUUGUGUUCAACAGACGAAAGAAACUCAAAUAGGUUUUAAUCAAAUAAAGGGAGAGUAAACAAUCACAAAAUUUUUGGGUGAACUAUACCUUUAAGAACCGUUCAUGCCAAGAUAAAUAUCUAUAAAGAUAAUUACAGGAGUAUUAACAUCCAUUUCAAUGUACUAUUAACUGAAAUUGUGCUGUCUGCCACUUUAAAUGCACACACUUGUUAAAGCAGGAUGGAUUUUGAUUGGCUGUUCUCAUCGUUCAUAAGCUAAAAGAAAUAGAACUGUAUCUUUAUAGUUAUCCUUUGCAUGAAUGGUGCUUUAGACACUUGUUAGGCUCAUUUACACCAAGAAUGAUAACUACUGUAUAACAAUAACUAUAUUUGUGUCCAUAGAAACACACAAAAAUGUCAAUGUUAUUCUUUUAUUAAGUGCUUUAUGAAGUGCAAACUUCAGUUUUGUCAUCUGCUCCUUAAAAUGCAUGAAAUUGACAAAUAGGAUAGGUUUCGACUGAAAGUGUUUUGGGUGAUGUUGUCUGUGCUGUUAUUAUUUCAGCUGUGGUGUCCCUUAUUCUUUUAGACCUUAUCUUUAUUGUUAUCACUAAAGUUAUUUUUCUUGGAUUGAAUGAGGCUUUAUAAAUAAAAGUAGUGUAAUGCAACAAAAACAAAUAUUGCUCAGAGGGUCCAAAAUGAACAUUUUCUGGCGUUAAUUUUGGACCCUGCUUGCAACAAAAUCUGAGCAAUUUUUAAAAGUUUUUUUGUCCAUUAGUUUGUGAUGCACUUAUAGCAUUGAAAGUAAAACUUGAAUAUAAAUUUGGUGCUACCGAUGGAAACACUACACUAGCUCCUUUAAUUAUUCAAAUGCAGGUUUCUUCAGAAGUAUUCUUUACACCUUUAGCCAAAGUUUACCAAUGGGUUUCUCAUGUCAGAAAUGUAUUUGAGACUUUGUAAAGUUAUUUGAAAUAAAGGACGCUACACCCCACCA